AUGGCUCCCCCUGUGCUUCAGGCGCUGCCUCUUCUACUCCUUCUCUUUAACUUCCACUUCACCGUCACCUCUAAGCUCAACAUCCCCAAGGUGCUGCUGCCCUUCACCCGCGGCACCCGCGUCAACUUCACGCUGGAGGCCAGCGAGGGUUGCUACCGAUGGUCCUCCAGCAGGCCGCAGGUCGCAAGCAUAGAGCUGGCAGAGCAGGAUGAGCAGCAGUGCUCACAGAAGGCUGUUGUCCAGGCACGGUCCUCAGAGCCCACACGUCAGACAAGUAUCAUCCUGGCUGAAGACAUCAUGACUGGACAAGUGCUGCGCUGUGAUGCUAUAGUUGAUCUAAUUCAUGACAUCCAGAUUGUGUCCACAACAAGAGAGCUCUAUCUUGAAGAUUCACCACUGGAGCUGAAAAUCCAGGCUUUGGACUCAGAAGGCAACACCUUCAGCUCUUUGGCAGGGUUAGUCUUUGCCUGGACGAUAGUCGAGGACACCAAGGCUGACAGGUUCUCGGAUGCCCACAAUGCCUUACGUAUACUCAAGUUCUCGGAAUCCACUUACAUUCCACCUUCCUAUAUACUGGAGAUGGAAAAAGUUGGCAAGCAGGGGGAUACCAUUUUGGUGUCUGGAAUGAAAACAGGGAGUUCCAAGAUAAAAGCAAGAAUACAAGAAAGGGUCUAUAAGAAUGUGCAUCCUGCAGAAGUCAGAUUGCUUAUUUUGGAAAACAUCCUCUUAAAUCCAGCAUAUGACAUUUAUCUCCUGGUAGGAACAUCGAUUCAGUACAGAGUCCAGAAAGUAAAGCAAGGGAAGAUCACAGAGUUAAUGAUGCCCUCUGAUCAGUACAAGCUGUACCUACAGAACCACAUCCUCGCUCCUGGGGGAGAUCCAUCCAGGCCGGUUGCUGAGUUGGACCAGGUGACGUCGGUUGUGACUGCCUUGCAGCAGGGACAAGCUAACCUCAUACUUGGCCACAGGAGUAUCAGCAUGCAGGGGGUUGCCAGGCUGCCAAACAGCACUGUCUACGUUGUAAAUCCCAGGCGCUUGGGAUAUAAAAUUCAUCCAGGUGACAAAUGGGUCCUGGAAGCAGGCAGGCUUUACGAGAUUACAGUGGAAGUGUAUGACCAAUCAAGCAACAAGGUGUAUUUAUCUGAUAAUAUCAGAAUUUAUACAAAGCUGUCCAGAGACUAUUUUGAGGUGCUGAAGUCCUCUCUGAAUGGAUCAUACCACUAUGUGAAAGCAAUGAAGAAGGGCCAGACCGUUAUUGAUGCUGCACUGACAUCAGUCGUAGAUCAGGAUGGAAGUGUUCAUACAUUACCAGUACCAGUUGAAAGCCAGCAAGAUGUUGAAAUCUAUCUGCCCAUAGUUCUUUCACCCAGUGUUUUGACAUUUCCUUGGCAGCCUAAAGCAGGAGCCUACCAGUACACCAUACAGGCUCGUGGUGGGAGUGGCAAUUUCAGCUGGUCCCAUUCCAACCAGUCAGUUGCUACAGUGACUGUCAAAGGAGUGAUGACAACUGGCAGUGAUAUUGGCGUCAGUGUUAUUCAGGCAGUUGAUGUUCAGAACCCACUGCACUAUGGAGAAAUGAAGGUGUACGUCACAGAGCCUAGCGGGAUGGAGUUCGCCCCGUGCCGGGUUGAAGCACGUGUGGGGCAGGUGCUGGAGCUGCCCCUGAGGAUCACUGGCCUGACAAAUGUUGAAACAGGCCAGACCAUCCCGCUGAGCGACUGCUCACACUUCCACCUCCUGGUGGAGGUAGAAAACCAGGCUGUGCUCCGGCCGCUUCAAGGAAGGCUUCGGCCAUCUGCUGAUUCCUGCAGUGGAGUGCGAGUGAAGGCUGAGAGUCAAGGGUACACAACCCUGGUGGUUAGCUACAGCCGUGGUCACGUCCACCUCAGUGCCAGCAUCACCAUAGCUGCCUACCUGCCGCUGAAGGCUAUUGAUCCUCCGUCUGCGGCGCUGGUGACGCUGGGCUCCUCUAAAGAUAUGGUGUUUGAAGGAGGACCUAGACCAUGGGUGCAGGAACCUUCCAAGUUCUUCAGGAAUGUCACCACUGAGGGUGCAGGAAGCGUUGGUCUCUCUGUACUGGAGCAUCCUGCGGCUCGAAAUACCCUCCAGCACUGGGUCAGAGUCUCUUGCAAAAGCCUGGGAGAACAAGUUAUUUCCUUGGCUGUUGGGAACAACCCCACCAUCACCAACCCUUUCCCAGCGGUCGAGGCUGUCGCUGUGAAGUUCAUCUGUGCCAUCCCUUCGCGCCUCACCUUGACUCCCAUUUAUGGAAGCCCUCAGCUUGAUCUUUCCUGCCCUUUGCUGCAACAAAACAAGCAAGUGGUUCCUGUUUCAAACCAUCGCAACCCAGUCUUGGAUUUGGCUGUGUAUGACCAGCAGGGCAGUAGAUUUGAUAACUUCAGCUCUCUUAGAGUUACCUGGGAGUCAACACAAGUGUCCCUGGCUAGCAUUGAGCCUGACAUGCCCAUGGAGCUGACUCUGAAGGACAGUGGAAACGGACAAAAGAAAAUGCACGGCUUACAAACUGUCCUGGUUCAUCACAAGUCUGGAACGAGUGCCAUCUCAGCCACUGCAGCAGGGUACCAGCAGGCCCAGCUGAAGGCAGCUCAAGUGAAAGCAGCGUACCAGGCUCUCCUACCAGUGUCUGCCACUAUUGAACUGAUACUAGUAGAAGAUGUAACAGUGAACCCUACUGAUGUCUCCAUUUACAAUCACCCUGACCUACAGGCAGAACUUUUCAUCAAAGGUGGUUCUGGAUAUUUUUUCAUCAAUACCAGUGUUGCAAAUGUUGUAAGAGUGUCUCAUGAGGAAACUCAAGGUGUUGCUUUGGUGCAGCCUCUGCUUGCAGGAUCAGUGACUGUCGUGGUCCAUGACUUGUGCUUGGCUUUCCCUGCCCCAGCCAAGGCAGAGAUUUCUGUCUGUGAUAUCCAGGAGCUGUAUGUCCGAGUCGUUGACAAGGUGGAGAUUGGAGAAACAGUUACAGCUUAUGUCCGAGUUCUGGAUGACUCCAAGAAACCUUUUCUGGCAAAACACUUUGCUGUGAUGGAUCUCAAGCUGAGGGCAGCAUCUCAGAUUGUUUCACUUGUCCCACUCAGUGAAGCUCUUGAUGACCACACUGCUGCCUUUCAAGUGCAUGGGAUGGCCAUCGGGCAGACGAGUCUGACAGCAACUGUUGCUGACAAAACAGGACAAAGAAUCAGCUCUGCUCCCCAGCAGAUUGAAGUCUUUCCUCCAUUUAAACUACUGCCAAAGAAAGUGACCCUCAUUAUUGGGGCCAUGAUUCAGAUCACCUCAGAAGGAGGACCUCAGCCCCAGUCCAACAUCAUUUUCUCCAUCAGCAAUGAGCAGAUUGCCUCAGUGAAGAGCACUGGGCUGGUCCAAGGGGUGGCUGUCGGCAACAGCACGGUGACAGGAGUGGUGCAGGCUGUUGAUGCAGAGACAGGGAAGCUCCUUGUGGUGUUUCAGGACAAAGUGGAAGUUGAAGUGGUGCAGCUGGCAGCUGUCAGAAUUCAUGCACCAAUCACACGGAUGAAAACAGGCACCCAGAUGCCAGUGUACGUGACGGGCAUCACCAGCAGUCAGACUCCUUUCUCGUUUGGCAGUGCCGUGCCAGGGCUAACGUUCCACUGGUCUGUCACCAAAAGGGACACUCUGGAUGUCAAGACAAGGCACAGUGAGGCUUCUUUUCAGCUUCCUGCAAAAUACAACUUUGCAAUGGAUGUUUAUGGCAGAAGAAAGGGAAGUACAGGCCUGAAAGUUGUUGUGAAGGCCCUUGAUCCUGCAGCCAACCAGUUUGAGAACAUGGCAGAAGAACUGUCUGAUGAAAUCCAAAUUGAGGUGUUCGAAAAACUUCAUCUGGUCAUUCCAGAAGUAGAAGCAGAACAGAUCUUAAUGUCACCAAAUUCCUUCAUUAAACUUCAGACAAACAGGGACCACGUGGCCUCACUGAGAUACCGCAUCCUGGAUGGACCGGAUAAAGUGCCUGUGGUGAGGCUGGAUGAGAGGGGCUUCCUUACUGCUGGCUCUUUGAUAGGAUCAUCCACCAUUGAAGUCACUUCACAAGAGUCCUUUGGGAUCACCCAGACCAUUGUGGCUGCUGUUAAGGUCUGCCCAAUCUCAUACCUGAGAAUCUCCAUGAGCCCUCUUCUGCAGGCAGGAAGCAGCAAGGCCCUGCUGGCUGUGCCCCUGGGCGUGACGCUGAGGUUCACAGUCCACUUCCACGACAGCUCUGGAGAGGCUUUUCACUCACACAACGCCCUGCUCAGCUUCGCCACCAACAGGGAUGACCUGGUGCAGGUGGGGAAGGGAGCCACGAACAACACCUUUGAGAUCCAGACAGUGAACGUGGGGCUGAGCCUGCUGAAGGUGUGGGCCGCGGAGCACAGCGGCCUGGCCGACUACGUGGCGCUGCCAGUGCAGCACAGCAUCCUGCCCGAGCUCAGCACCGUGCUGCCCGGAGACGUCCUGUGCCUCAGCACCGUGCUGCUGCCACCGCAGGGCCUGCUGGGCAUCUGGAGCUCCUCAUCAAACAACAUCCUUCAGGUCGACUCCAAGACAGGCGUGGCAGUGGCAAGGGAUGUUGGUGUGGCCGCUCUCUAUUAUGAGAUUCCUGGAUUGCUCAAGACUUACAGAGAGAUAGUGAUUAAUCCACCCCAGAGGACUAAGGGCAUGCACAUCAGUAGAGUGAAGACAAGCUUCCAAGGAGCUGCAGCCUCCAAAGUGCUGGUUUCAGUUGGGGAAAGAAAUUCAAAUUUGAAUGAGGAGUGCUCAGCUGCUCAGACCGAAGCCAUCGCUGAGCUGCAGCCACAGGCCAUGAUCGGCUGCCACCUCGAGUUUACCACUGAUGCCUUGGACUUCCCAGCACAAGAGAUUUUUACAGCAGAACCUGGAUUUGAAGCAGUCUCAGGCCAUUACACCUGCUCCAUCACAAUGCACAGGCUCACUGACAGGCAGCUGAAGCAGCUCAGCAUGAGCAAAACCUCCCUCAGAGUCACAGUUUCCAUGCAAGGCAGCCACUUCUCCGGGGAGGAGGUCAGCACUGAGGUGCCAUUCAACCCUGGCUUCUAUGUUGACCAAACAGAAAUGCUGCUCAGUAACCUUCACCCAAGCUCUGAGGUGAAAAUCUUUGGUGCCACUGAAAUUCUGGAUACCCUGGAGGUGAAAUGUGGGUCACCAGCAGUGAAGGUGCUUGAGAAGGAGAAGUCCUCUGGGCUGCCCAGUUACGCAGUCUACACUGUUAGUCUGUCUGACCCAGGAGUCUCCAGGCAGCAGUCCUUAUCCACCACCUUGACUGUCUCCAGCCCCAUCACUGACCAGUCCAUUGCCAUCCCGGUGACCCUCAUGUACCUGUCUGACAGAAGCAGAGCACCACUCAAGCCUGGGGCCAGUCUGUUCCACCACUUCCUCGACUCCUACCAAGUGAUGUUCUUCACACUCUUUGCACUGGUAGCAGGGGCAUCCGUGCUGGUGAUAGCCUAUCACGUAGCUUUUGUGCAGAGGGAACAGCAGAGUCAUCCAGUGUAUGUCCUAAGGACACCUCCUCAGCACAGCCACAACAGUUUCUCUACAUCCCCUGGGCCUGCAGCGUAUCACUUCAGCCAUCAGCCCUCCAGCAGGAGCAGAAGUCCCUCGUCCGCGCUGUGGAGCACUGGCUACGCUUCCCGUUGA